AUGACGGCCCCAGUGGGCAAGCAGGAGGCUGAGCGGGAUGGCUCGACCUCCUCCAUUGCCUCGUCGCCUGAGCCCGAGCCCGCUGCAUAUACCCAGGACAACCCGCAGCAGCAGCAGAAGCGCAAAGGCGGGCGCAAGCCUAUAUAUGCGACCUCCGAGGAGCGCAAGCAGCGCAACCGUCAGGCCCAGGCUGCCUUCCGCGAGCGGCGCACCGAGUACAUCAAGCAACUCGAAAGCACUAUCAAGCACCACGAGGAAACGCUGCAGAACCUGCAGCAAAGCCACCGCAGCGCCGCCGACGAGUGUUUGAUGCUCCGGUACAAGAACUCGCUGCUAGAAAGGAUCUUGCUUGAGAAAGGUAUUGACGUGCAGGCUGAGCUCCAAGCAAAGACAGGCAGUCCCAACCUGGGUCCCACGCGCCAAAAUGCGCCUACGACCGCUUCACCAAAUCAGCCUCCGCUACAGCAGCGUGCAAUGUUGAACAGACAGCAGCAAAACCGCCGAUCAAUGGGAGGGCUGCCUAAGGCUGAAGGUGUGCCUGGUCUACCCAUGAUUCAACCUGACGGAGCAAUCCCAAAUCGUUCACCACUGUCGCAGCCUACUCCCGGAUCGCAUCUUCCCUCGCCCGUCGCGUCAGCUACGCGCUCGCCGAACUUUGUUGCCCACGGCACAUCGGUGUCUCCCAACUUCGGGUCCAUUCCUCCACAACAACAACCUCAGCGGCACCAGCAAUUGCAGCCGCAGCCGCCUAGAUCUCAGUUUACUCCCAUAAUGGGCCCACAGCGGCCAUCCGUCAUCACAAAUCAACCAUCAUCGAACGGUCUAUCGAGCGCAUCCACGGGCAGCGGAGCGAGUGUAAUGACCCAGAGUAGCACCGCUGGCGGUACACAGGCAUACUUCCCGACUCCAUAUUCUGAGCACAUGACCCAACUAGAGCAAGAGUACGACGAGCAGAAUGAUAUGCUCGACCAGGAAGACCCUAGCGACCACUCCGCCGGGCCUGGUCCGUACCCAAAUCCUUUCCAGUCGAACGCGAUGCAAUCGCAAAACAUGCAGCCUCCAAUGCCACCUGCCCAAAACCCGCCAUAUACGAACAACGGCCCAGUAGCGGCCAACGAAGCAAACCAUGCGUUCAACGGGAUGAACCAUCUCUUCGACCCUUACGAUCCAAUGCUAGAUGCGGAUCCAUUUGGACUGUCCGCCAGCAUGCACUUUCCGACGAUGUACGAAUCGAGAUGA